UCCUCUGUUUUACCCCUUUUUUAUCCUUGCUUUGCUGCAUGGAUUUCUCCAUCCACCUAUACUCCAUUUCUUCAUUUUUUUAUUUUUUAUUUUUUAUUUUUAAAUAAAAAUCCCUUUUCGUGUUUUCAUUGCAGUAUUUGAUCUUUCUUCAACUUUCAACUACCCUAUAGCUAAUGCUACUUCUACUAAGAGCAGCAGCAGCAGCAGCAACUGAAGCAAAAAAAAAAAAAAAAAAUUAAAAAAAAGAAGCCAUGAUUUAAGACAGAUCUUGUUUCCAUUCAUCAAUUCUUACAUCCUAAGCUCAAAGUUGGAGUCUUUUGUAAUUUUUAUUUUUUUUCGAUUUUGAUGGAGGAAGAACAGCAGGAUUUGAAUUCGAAGCACACCUGCAAAUUCUGCAGCAAGAAUUUCCCCUGCGGGAGGUCUCUUGGGGGUCACAUGAGGUCUCAUCUAAUCACUAUUUCAUCGAAGAAGAAGAAGAAGAACAGCACCAAAAACAGCAACAUAGAUUCCUCCAAAUUCGUCGUUAAUGGCGGCGACGAGGAUCAAUUCGGGUGCUACGGUCUGCGGGCGAAUCCGAGGAAGACGAUGAAGUACGAUGAUGCCCUAAUUGAGGACAAUCUCUGUAAGGAAUGCGGGAAAGGAUUUCAAUCUCUUAAGGCCCUUUUUGGCCAUAUGAAAUGCCACUCUGUUAACAACAAUGGAAGAAUUGUCGUCGUCGACGACGACGACGAUUCUUGGGGAAUCUCCGAUCAGGUCGCCGUCGUCGACCGCCAUUCCGACAACGAAGGCGCGGCGGCGCUGCUGCGCCGGAAAAAAAGAUCCUCUGGUCGGAUCAGGAAAUACACUUCCAACGCAGCUAAUUCAUCUUCCUUAACUUCUUCGAACGAGGCAGCCGAGCAAGAAGAGGUUGCUUUAAGUCUGAUCAUCUUGUCUAGAGACAAAGGCGAUUUGUCAGGACUCAAUUCCGUCGUCGAAUCCUCCGACAACACAAUUCAGAUGUGGCCGGAGACAGAAAAUGUCGAUUGUGUCAUAGGAUGUAACGAAUCCGAGGUAGUCGGAUUCGAUCACCUCAAAAAUGAUAGGAUCUUCAAGAACAAGUCGAGGAAAAGGAAGCGCGAUCACAUAUCCAAAUUCGCGCAAGUUUCGGACAAGUCGAGCAAAUUCGCGUGCUCGAUUUGUAAGAAGGGGUUCCCUUCUUACCAAGCGUUGGGCGGACACAAAGCGAGUCACAAGAAGUUCAAGGGAAGUUGCGCGCCGGUUGAGCAUUCGCUCGACCAAAGCUCCAAUAAUAAAUUAAUCAUCGAGCACCCGGCCGUAGCCUCGCUCGGGUGGAAUAAAAAUAAAGAUCACGAGUGCCCGAUUUGUUUCAAAGCGUUCCCGUCUGGCCAAGCUCUAGGCGGCCACAAACGGUCACACCUAACCAUCGAUCCCAUAAAAGUUAGUAAUCAAUCAUCAAUCGAGCCACAACAAGAAAUUCGACACUUUCUUGAUCUCAACUUGCCGGCGCCCAUCGAUGAAGAAAUUAGUAGCGAAUGCAAGCCGUGGUGGCUCGUCGCCGGUGCCGGCGAGUCGCUCCUCGGCCUUCUUUCUACUUUAUGAGUAAUAAAAAAAAGAAGCUCUCAAGAUUCAAGAACCCCAUUGAUACAUAUUAUUACUUCAUUCUUUUUUUUUUUUUUUUUACUUAGAUUAGUUCUUUUUUACGGUUUUAAUUUCCACAAUGGAGUUGGUAUUGAAUACUUUGUUACAGUGUUAUAACGUUAAAAUUUGCAGCAAUUACUUGAAAUUAUUGAUCUUUUUUACUUCGACGACGAUCUUUUUAUUCAAAAUCAUUACUUUUUUUUUUUUCUUGUAACAUAGAAAUAUGCAGCAGCUACUUAAAAUUAAUGAUGUUCUUACUUCGAUCCAUAAGAUGUUGUUUGUUGUUGUGAUGUAAUUAUUUUGGCUUGGUGUUGAAGGGACAAUGAAGC